AUGAAUCAAGAUUUUCUACUAGUUGCAUAUUUUUGGAAUUUGCGUCAAUCAAAUAAUCGCAGAAAACAUAAAAAAUGGCAAAAACAAUUGUUUGCCUCCAGAGACAAAUAUACGCACUUGAAUUUAAUGAUAGAUUCAGUGCUGGAUCCUACAGACUUGCGAGGAUUACUACGGAUGGACAAAAGUGAUUUUGACAAUUUGUUGGCAAUGGUAGCUCCUUUAAUUAAACGUCAAGACAGUCAAUUCAGACAAGCGAUUACGCCUAUUGAGAGAUUAAUGGUAACACUUCGGUUUUUGGCGACUGGGCUUAAUUUUGAGCAGCUAAAAUUUUCUGCAGCCAUAUCACCACAAUCAUUGGGCAGAAUAAUUCCGGAAACGUGCGAAGCUAUUGUACAAUGUCUCAGAAAAUAUAUUAAGAUGCCAACAAAUAGUGAAGAAUGGAAGGUGAUAGCUAAACGCUUUGAAGAAAGGUGGAACUUUCCACAUUGUGUUGGUGCAUGGGAUGGAAAGCACAUACGUAUAGCGGCACCACCAAAUUGCGGUUCUUAUCAUUAUAAUUAUAAAAAUUUUCAUUCGGUAGUGUUAAUGGCUUGCGUUAAUGCUGAUCGGCAAUUUAUGUUUGUCCAUGUCGGUACAAAUGGUCGCAUGUCGGACGGUGGGGUUUUGGCUGACACGGGAUUUUACGGAAAAAUUGACCGCGGUUACUAUAAUCUUCCAGCACCAGACAAUUUCGGUAAUGUCGAAAGAAUGCCUUAUGUUUUCAUUGGUGAUGAGGCAUUUUCAUUAAAGAAUAUUUUUUGA